GUGUGUAUUUGUGUGUGAUUUUGCAGCUGAGAGGGAAGAGCAAGCCUGGACAAGCAGCAGCAGCAGCAGCAGCAGCAGCAGUAGCAGUAGCACAGCCGCUGUGUUUAUAUCUGUGUGUGUGCAUGUGUGUGUGUGUGAAGAAAAUGUAGGGCAGCUGCUUGUUCUCCCUCCCUCUGCCAUCUCUAUCUUUCCCUGUCUGUCUUUGUGUCUGUGCCGUAGCUGCAGUCACCACGGCGACGGCUGACAUUGUUGCUGCGGCUCCACUUCCGUAUUUGCCAAGGCUUUUUGCUCUCUUCCGUCUCUCCUGUUUUUCUCUCUCUCCCUAUUCGUCUCUGUUCACCUCGGAGAUUUACAAAGGGGGCAUGUAACCUCCCUGAGGAACCAUUGUCUGCGUGCGGGGGUGUGAGAGUGUAUGUGUGUGUGAUUGUGUGUGUUUGUGUGUGACAGAGGUGGGGAGGGGGGUGGCUUCAGGAUCCAGUCAUGAAUUCCUGCUGGAAGAUGAAGAUUCAGAAUGAAAAGCCUCUCGGACAUUCAGCAAGCAGGUCCAGCAAUAUAUCAAAGGCGGGAAGCCCGACCUCUGUCAAUGCUCCUUGCAGCUUCUCAAGAACAUCGGUUUCUCCUUCCAGUCAGGACAUCUGCAGUCAGAAUGAGGACUGUCCGAAGCAGACGGCGGUGGUUCUGUUAAAUUCUAACGGUAACACGUGUCAGGAUACAGGGGAUGUUUCAGUCACCACGCUUUGCAUAGACCGACAGUAUAAACCUGCAAAACAGCGAGACUGGUUGUCCCUGCUCCGGCCCUCGUCUGUCAACAUCCGCCCAAAUGGCUCACUCAGAUUUUCUGUGUCGCUGAACGAUGUCGGACAGCGCGUGGAUAGUCUCUGUCGUGGGCUGAACUUUAUCGAUCGCACAUGCUCCGAGGGAGAGCUGGAGUUGAAGCCCGAGCAGCCAUGCAGCACAGAUCGAAGGGCGCACACACUCAACGGCAAGCUGGCCUCAGCCCCCGCGCAGCAGACCCCCAGUCCAGCCUCCUCAACACGCACCCACAUCCACCUGGUCCCCUCCUUCACCAAUAACUACAAAUACAUGCUGGUGGUCCCUCCUGCCCAUUGUGUCCCAUCUGACCCGGUCGGUAGUAACCACCUCCUUCAUCCCCCUCAUCCUCCUCCCAGCUCCAACUUCCUGCUUCGUUUCCUCCCCUUCUCUCGAUCCUCUACCUCGGCCAGCCUGCAGUGCUCCGAGCUGGGCAGCUACGCCUCCCACCUCCACAUUACCAAGUCCUCUAGCGCCUUGCACGAAGGCAGCGAGGCCGGGUUCGCCCCCGAGGACCUACUGGGAGAUGACGACGUGUUUGAGGAUGAUCAAGCCGUUCGGGCUCCCAGGGGAACGAGCCAUCUGGAGACCCCAGAUACAGGCGCCAAGGUCGGGUCGUGCAGUCUCCAAGCUCCCAUGUGCUAUAUGGAUGAGGACAGUGACCUGGAUUGCUGUGCGACCCCUCUGUCUGAGAAAACUGAGCCGCUGUCACCCUACUCACUAUCUGGGGACUGCUGCAGGAUUUGUCACUGUGAAGGGGAUGACGAGAGUCCUCUGAUCACACCAUGCCACUGCACGGGGAGUCUACGCUUCGUCCACCAGGCCUGUCUACAGCAGUGGAUCAAGAGCUCCGACACCCGCUGCUGUGAGCUUUGCAAAUACGAGUUCAUCAUGGAGACGAAACUCAAACCUCUGCGCAAGUGGGAGAAGCUACAGAUGACAGCGAGUGAGAGGAGGAAGAUCAUGUGUUCGGUCACCUUCCAUGUCAUCGCCAUCACCUGCGUGGUGUGGUCGCUGUACGUGCUCAUCGACAGGACGGCGGAGGAGAUCAAGCAAGCCGGAAGAAUCCCAGGGAUCCUGGAGUGGCCCUUCUGGACCAAACUGGUGGUGGUGGCCAUCGGCUUCACGGGCGGACUGGUGUUCAUGUACGUGCAGUGCAAAGUCUACAUCCAUCUGUGGAGGAGACUCAAGGCUUACAACCGGGUCAUAUACGUACAGAACCGACCCGACACGUGUAAAAAGCUGGUGCUGGAGAAGCCGCCGCUCAUGGAGCCGAGUCUGGAGAACAAAGAGGUUCUGGCCCCCACCCAGUCGGACACAAACUCGUCCCAGUACACAGAGACAGAGGACUACAGUAUGGAGGUGCUGAACGUGUGACCGCCAACUUCCACUCAGCCCACGCCAUCCUACACGAUAUCACACACACACACACACACAUACACAGGCCCACAGUGAGGAGUAGCUGUCGUGGAGAUGUUGGCUUCACCUUCCAGACCCAUCCUCCAUCAGACUGACCCUCUCUGGUCUCUGACUGCGGACCCAGUCUUGCCACCCCCCACCCCCCCUCUCUCUCUCCUCCUCCCUUUUUGGACAUCGCCCCCCUCCUCCACCCCUCCAUCCAAACUCUCUCCUCCAUUUUUCUUGGACUGUUUUUACUGUGAAUGUCAGAAGAGGCCUGGAGCAUACCACUCUAUACACACACACACACACACACACACACAUAUACUCUUACAUGUACACCUCUGGGAGAGCAAAACUGAGACAAACAGACUCACAAACAUCUCCAGAAGGUCUAUACAUCUCUGAAGCGUGGUUUGUCUGCUUGUGGAUUUGUUUCGAUUUGUUUGUUUUUACCUCCUGUGAGUCAUGGGCUAACCUGCCGUGGAUCAGUAUGUAGCGCGGCACAUCGACACUCUGGAUCAUUCCAGCUACUGCCAUCGCCGCUGUGGCGGUCUGCCCACAUUUGCCGCCCACAGUUAUCUGGAUCUGACCGGGCCUUGAUUUGGACAUGCAUCGAAGCACUUUUGUUUUUUAGAUCCCACACACCCCGUCCCUCUACGUCCUCUUGUUUUCUUUAAAAUGACCUCUAUGUUGUAUACGGGGUGAGCACACUUAAGACAACUUUCGGAAAUGUUUGUUUCUUACUUUGUUUUUACUGUCACAUUUCCUCAUACGCACAUACGUGUAUGUACAACCCUCCUCCCAAGGAUGACAAAAAAGGAAUUGGGGAACAAAAAAGGAAACCUGCAGAGAUCAACAUUGGAGUUUUGUUUAUUUGUUUUUUUUUUAGCCAAAAACAGAAAACUCUCAACAUGUUAUGUGAAAACAGAUCGUGGAAAUUUCCAGCCACAUGAUUUCUCUGCCCCAACCAGAACUUUCUGAAGGCUUUGAGAAUGUAAACUUUUUAAAUAAAUGAUUAAAAAAAAUAAAUAAAAUGUUACAAAAAAAAAAAAAAAAACAUUUUUUACUGAUCACAGGAAAUUGCGAGAUAAUUUCCAUGUCUUGAGAUCGUAACAAGACCCUCUGGGCAUAAACAGCAUCGCUCAUGUUUUUCUAUCAUGUGAAUGACACAGUAUUUACAGUGUGAUAAUCCAUGUGCAGUUUUUAAUAUGUUAACUUGUUUGCUUCGUCAUGGGAUUUGCCUUGAGAAAUCCACAGCUGCCUAUUCGUCUGUACCUCCAGUUCUCCCAUGUUCAGGCAGUGCGUCAGUCAUACUUUCAUGUUUUAUUUUAUUUUAAAGGCAUGUUCUAACUGUGUCUUUCUGAUCUGCAGCACAAAGUCUGUUCCAAAUGCGGGCUUUCAUCUGCAGGUUACCACGAGCAGGGACACUGGCUCUCUUCAGACCUAAAGUGUUAAUGUAUCAGACAUCUGAUGUGCAGACAUGACACCUAAAUAGCACGGUACUGCAACAUUUCAGUUAAACAAAUGUCUUGGUUUCUGUAAAAAUGUCUUGUUUCCUGCCAGGCUGUUAUCACAUGGUGGAGGAUGUCUAUUUUAGUAUUUAAUCACAAGACAGUCAACAUCUUGCUUCUCACUGCAGUUAGACUGGGUAGUGUUUUUCUCACGACUGGCCUUAUGUGGCUUAGGUGAGAAGACGACUCAGCUUUUUUUUUUUUUUUUUUUGCACACUUCAUUAAUCCAUUUCUCAGAAGAAGCACAGCUGAUACUUGAUCAGAGCAUUAAUUAAUGUUUUUUAAUUUUGCAAUGAACACAAUGAAAUACAUGCAGAGGUUUGCUUUCAGAGGUGGAUAUGUAUAUGAGGAGCUGGCUGGAGCGCCACCUGCUGGUGUGAGGCUAAAAGUGCAGUCAAAUAGAGAGCUGUUGAUUUCUCAGGGUGCUGUGUUUUGGGCUUACAGUCAUUGUAAGUGCUUUUGUGUAUGUGAGAGCACAGCGAUGCCAGGCUCAUGUUGAGCCUCACAGCAACACACAUUUUUAAAAACUGUCUUUGAUACCACUAUACUGUCUGUGAACAACGAUGGUCCAACAACAUACCUGAUGAUUACUGCUCAGCAGCAGCAAUAACUGAAAUCAACGCUUUGAUUUUUGCAAAAAUGCAUACUGUACUCGUGUAUAUGCCCCCAUGGUGACUUGAGAUCUGGAGCUGAAUAUAAUUUUAACACAUACUAUGAGCCGAGGGAGUUGUUUCUGUGUCAACUUGGAUUAAGACCUAGUAAUGAGGCUUUUUUUUUUUUUUUUUUUUCAAAUUUCAGUACCCACGAGGCUCUGUGCAAUUAGACAGAUUAAAAGUGCAAUUACCCUUUUGUUGUUAUUCUAUUCUAUAGUUAUGUACUGGUGUUUAAUGUCCAGAGUCAGCUCUGGGUAUAAAAUGAUUAUUUCUUCAUUUUGUGUUGUAUUUAUUUUUAAAGAAAGCAGAAUUUGUUCAUUUAAAACCCCCUUUCAUUAGUAAUUUUAUGCAAUAUACACUUGUUUUUUUUCUUUCCCAGGCAUAAGUGCUUUGUGAUUCUUAGUGGCACUUUGUUUUUUUCAUUCAUAUAUGGAAUAUCGAAGCAGCUCAUCUGUUUUAUUUCUCCCUUUUUAGAUCGUCACAUUAAAAGCAACGUGGAAUAUUAA